CUGCUGAGAGUGAAUUGAGACGGCGACGUCUUAACGGCACGUCCCGUCUUUGCAGGUCGAUUGCGCGAACAUGCUCAUCAAGACAGCACGGCAUCAGAAGUACUGCAGCGAGAGGUCCCGGGACCAGUAACGAGACGAUCUGACAAGGUCCAGGCCAAGGCACAGAUACGCUUCAUGAAGAAGAUCUGCCAUCUUUCCUGUGCUCGCCUGAGGUGUCCUGGACAUUGUCACGGCAGGCAACGAUUGACAUGUCACGCAUUGAACAUGGCGAAGAUGAGAACGCCUGUGCGGAUCCGAGACGUAAACAUCCAGAGCCCAUACAUAUUCCCGGAAACUUCUGUCUGAGCGAUCCUGAUUCUUGCCUACUGGUAGCGAUGUGUCUUCGUCAAGCCGUAGGCCCACGAAUUGAGGCAGAAUAAAUAUGGCUAUGUGGAGGGCAAGUUUCGAUGGACGAUGGAAUAGU